AUGCCCCCUGCCAAGGGCAACGACACUGCGCCCCCUCCCCACUGGCCUUCCAACGUCAUCUACCUCACCAAGCCCCGCCUUUCCCCUCGCUUCCCUCCAGCCCUUCUACCCCUUCUCGCCCCUUCAUCCUCUUUCGCCCCUCGUCCAGCAAAACAAUUAGCUUCCGUCCAGAUCAAAGUCAUUACGCAGGCCGGCCAUCCAGCGAACGGCCAAUUCGGGCUGUUUGCAAAACAAAAGAUCAAAGAGAACGAGCUCGUCCUGCCCUACUUGGGUGUGAUCCACGUCACAUACACGCCGGAGGAUGGGAGCGAAUCGUUGGUCACGGAUGACCAUUCAGACAGCGACUAUGAUCUUUCGUUGCUGCGGAUAUCGGCUUCCGAUCCUCGAAACCCUUUCCCCGGGCAACACAUUUCCAUAGGCGUGGAUGCCGCCCACGCGGGCAACGGAGGGCGUUUUGUCAACGAUUUCCGGGGCGUCAAGCCUUCCGGCCCCAAUGCCGAAUUCAGAGUUGGGAAGGGUGAAGCAGGGGAGCUGAGGAUGGAAAUUUGGAGCUUGAAAGGCGGCAUAGGAAAGGGCGAAGAGCUUCUGGUCAGUUAUGGGAAAGGGUGGUGGGGCGCCAGGCAGGGGUAG